AAAUACCUUACCGAUGCCAUUCUUCACUCAAAGUCAGCUCUUCCAUCAUGCUCUUAUAUAUAAAUUAACACAUUAUUGGCUUUGACUUUAUACAAAUAUUAACAUUCUUUGCACUUUAAAAUAACCAUCUUCAUUCCACAUCUAUGUAUGCAUCUCAACACUAGUCACCUGAUACAAGGCCAAAACAACAUAUUCUAGCAACCAAUUUAACUUCUUAAUCUGUAUCUUCAACUCCCACCUUCAUAAAGAUGGCCACGGAGGUCAAAGUUGUUCUCUCUUGGGUUUUCCUUUUCCUGGCCGCACUGGCAUUCCUCCUCGUGCUGAAGAACAAGAAAAGCCGCAAUAGAACAAAGAAUAUGCUACCACCAGGGGAAAUGGGACUUCCUUGGAUUGGAGAAACAAUGGAGUUCUACAAAGCUCAACACAAGGACCGAUUAUUUGAGGACUUUGUUCAACCUCGGAUAUCCAACUACGGAAACAUCUUCAAAACAAGGCUAAUGGGUUCACCAACAGUUGUGGUGAAUGGAGCCGAGGCUAAUCGGUUCUUCUUAUCCAACGAGUUCAAGUUGGUGAUAAGCUCUUGGCCUGCAGCUUCAGUUCAGCUCAUGGGGAAGAACUCUAUCAUGGAAAAGCAAGGGGAGCAGCACCGCUGUCUCCGGGGCCUCAUAGCCACCUCUCUAAGCCAUGCAGGACUAGAGGCUUUAGUCCCCAAGAUGUGCGAGUCAGUACAAUUGCACUUGGAUACUAAUUGGGAUGGCCAAGAAAUGGUAAGCCUUUAUCGUUCAACAAAAGUAGUGACAUUUACCAUAGUUUUCGAGUGCCUACUAGGAAUCAAAGUGGAGCCUGGAAUGCUGAGUAUUUUUGAAAGAGUUCUGCAAGGGGUAUUUGCAGCACCAGUCAAACUUCCUGGCUCUAGAUUUUCAAGAGCCAAGAAAGCAAGGCAGCAGAUAGAGAAUAUGUUGGCUAUAAUAGUGAGGGAUAAGCGAAAAGAGAUGGAAAAUGUGCUAACGGAUGAGAAGGAAGGGUCGCUGCUAACGCGGUUGGUGGCUGGGAUGAUCCGAGGAGAGAUUAGUGAAGAAGAGGUUAUUGACAAUGUGGUUUUGCUUGUAUUUGCAGCUCACGACACCACUUCUUUCGCCAUUGCCAUGACAUUCAAAAUGUUGGCUCACCACCCAAACUGCCACUCUCUCCUGAUCCAAGAACAGUUUGAUAUAAACAGCAAGAAAAGAGCUGGUGAAAAUCUAACAUUAGAAGACAUGAAGAAGAUGAACUAUACCUGGCAAGUUGCACGUGAAAGCAUGCGUCUCUUCCCUCCCAUCUUCGGCUCCUUCAGGAAAGCAAUUGCUGACAUCCAAUAUGGUGGCUUCACCAUCCCGAAAGGAUGGAAGGUUCUGUGGACGGCAUAUGGAACUCACUAUAGUAAAGAGUAUUUCCAGGAUCCAUUAAGCUUCAAUCCAAAUAGGUUUGAGGAGCCUGUUCCCCAAUAUGCUUACCUUCCAUUUGGAGGAGGACCACGGCUUUGUGUAGGACAUCAACUGGCCAAGCUCAAUAUCCUCAUUUUUGUGCACCAUGUUGUCACUCGAUACAAUUGGUCCUUGCUGCAUCCAGAUGAGGAAAUUACCAAAGAUCCUCUCCCAUUUCCCUCCCUUGGAAUGCCCAUCAAGAUCUCUUCCAAGUUGUAAUAGUAUUAACACACUUCCCUUUUACACACUCAAACUACAGAUUUUAUACACAUUACUGCUGAAACAAGCAAGGCUUAAGUAGUUCUUCAGACAAUACUGUUAUCCAAUUCGAAUGUGAAAACUCUACAAUGAUGUACAUCUUAGUAUCUUCUGUUAAGAGAAAAUAGUUCAGGAGGAAAGGCAAGCCAACAAUCCGCUACGCAUUCAGCAUAUUUGUUACUGACGGAAACACAAUUUGGCAAGAAAUAUUGUCUAAAAAAUUAGGUGUUAUCCAGCUAGAAUAACAGAAGUUCGUGUGUGCCACAAAAGAAAAAAAAAAAAAA